UGAGGGAGUAAACAUCCAAAUAACAUUUCGGUAUGAUACUAGAAUUAUACACUAGACUGUUCUUUUGUUGUGUUGAUUGUUUAGUAUGUAGCGGAUAGCUGUGCAGUGACGUGGUCAAUCUUAGGCCUGGAUGUUGGCGUAAAGACUCAUUCGGUCACUCCCUUUGAGCAUUGUGUUUUCCUUUGUAUCACUUUUCUUCACCCCCUUGAAUAACUUCUUUCGCACGCCUCCUUCCUCCUUCUCCCUCUUCCUCUCGACUCUUCCCGUCUCCCCUCUCUCUAUAAUAUUACCGACAACAACAACAACCACACUCUUUUAAACAUGGCCGCUCGUUCCAAGUUGCUCGCGCUUCUGCCCUUCCUUGCACUCUCUCAAGCUGCUACCAGUGAGGAGUGGAGGUCGAGGUCUAUCUAUCAGAUCGUGACCGACCGUUUCGCUUCCCCCUCCGAUUCCGCCUCUUGCCCCCUGGGCUCGACCACCUACUGCGGCGGUACCUGGCAAGGCAUCAUAUCCAAACUCGACUACGUCCAGAGCUUGGGCUUUGAUGCGGUGUGGAUCAGUCCGACCGCUCUGAACGUUGAGGGGAGCACAGAGUAUGGCGAGGCUUACCAUGGUUAUUGGACGUCCGACCCGACGCAGCUCAACUCCCAUUUCGGCAACGAAACCGACCUUAAAGCGCUUUCCUCGGCCCUCCACAGCAGGGGCAUGUAUCUCAUGGCCGACAUCGCCAUCAAUGCCCUCUCCUCCGCCUCAUACACCCUUUCAACCGACUCCCUGUCUGCCGCGAACGACGGUACACUCCUCUUCAAGGACCCUGCCAACUAUCAUGAUCGAUGCGAUAUCGAUUACAGUGAUGAAAACUCGAUUAGGCAAUGUUGGUUGGCUACAGGGGAUGAUAAUGGGGCUGUAGCUAUGAUGGAUCUCAAGACGGAGGAUGACACCGUUGCUGGGGUGCUGAAAGAUUGGAUAAAGGAGUAUGCGGAGAAUUAUGAUAUCGAUGGGCUGAGGGUGGAUGCUAGUAGGCAUAUGGGUACGGAUUUCCAGCAUGACCUGUGUGCGGCGGCUGGUAUCUUCUGUAUCGGCGAGAUCUUUGACUAUACCACCAGUUAUGUGGCAGGGUUCCAAGGCGACAACGCUCUCGACGCCACCCUCGGCUACCCCUUGAAAGCAGGUCUCGUCGACACAUUCACCGGCUCCGAUACCACCUCCACCUUGGCAGGCUACAUCUCCGACGCUGCUCAGUACUACGCCGACCCGUCAGUCAUUGGCAUCUUCUUGGACAACCACGAUCUAGCCCGAGUCAACUCUUUGACCGAUGACAAGACGCUGGUCUGGAAUGCGUUGGUGGGGCAGUUCUUGUAUGGCGGGAUCCCCAUUGUGUAUCAGGGCACAGAGCAAGAUAUUGCCGAUGGGUCUGGGGACCCACAGAACCGCGAAGCGUUGUGGAACUACAACGACUAUUCGACCUCCGGAGAGACGUUUGGGAGGAUCCAGAACCUGAACAAGAUCAGGUCUGGGUUGGGAGGGGCGGAUAGUAGCUUCUACGAGAGUGUUGGGUGGGUGUUGUCACAGCAGGAUAGUGAUAUCGCUAUCAAGCGGGGCAAUGCCCUGGCUGUAUUGACCAAGGUUUGUCUCUUCAUCUUCUGUGCUGACUGGUGCUGAUUUCUGGCUGUAGCGAGGUGGAUCGGGGACUGGCACUUGGACCGUCAGCGGCGCCGACUUUGGCAAUUCUGCUUCCAUUGUCGAUCUUCUUUCAUGUGAUUGGUCGACUACCUCGGACUCGGGCGAUAUCACCAUCACCUGGACGGCUGGCCAGCCUUUCGUCUAUGUGACGUCGGACGUCGCCAGUCAAGCUGGUUUGUGUCAGUGAGAUGACAUUCGACGGUAGCUGUUUGCCACAAGCUCAUAAGUUCUCUAUCCUCAUAAACUGAUACCCAUGUAUACGAUCGAUGUAUUACAAUAAACGAAGCAAA